UCCAGAGCCGAGCAGGACGAACCGGGUCUGGACUCGGACGAGCAGACCCCGGGACGAUUCAAAUCUUGUUUUUUUCUUUUGUCUCGCGGCGGUUUGACGUGUCUCAGACGGUCCGGAGGGAACCGGGUUCUGUCCGGGACCGACUGAUGAACCGGCGGGUCGGGUUCUGUUCUCAUCAUGGAGCCGCUUCAGCUGCUGAUGACGAUGAUGGUGAUGAUGAGGAUGUGCAGAGAGACGUUCGCUGAGCGUCCGAGAAACAAACGCUACGCCGUCAACCCUCUGGGACACAAGUGGACUCACCACAACCUCACGUACAGGAUCGUCACAUUUCCCAACACUCUGAACGUGGACGACACGAAGAAGGCCCUCAGCAUCGCUUUCACCAAGUGGAGUGACGUGUCUCCGCUGACCUUCACCGAGGUCACCGAGGGCAACGCCACCGCUGACAUCACCAUCGGUUUCUACACCUUCAACCACACCGACUGCUGGUGGUCUCCUCUGCACCCGUGCUUCGACGGUCUGAACGGCGAGCUGGCUCACGCCUUCCUGCCGCCGCGAGGAGAAAUCCACUUUGACAACCACGAGUUCUGGAUCCUGGGCAAGUCCAGGUUCAGCUGGAAACAAGGAGUGUGGCUAAACGACCUGGUCCAGGUGGCGGCUCACGAGAUCGGUCAUGCCCUCGGACUGUGGCACUCCAGAGACCCUCAGGCCCUGAUGCAUCCCAACGCCACCUACACCGGACAGAGGAACGUCGCUCAGGACGACGUCUGGGGCGUCCAGAGGCUCUAUGGUUGUCUGGAUAAGAAGCGAGUCUGCGAUCCUUGGGCUCGACUCGGCUUCUGUGAGCGGAGGAAGACCUUCAUGAAGAAGAACUGUCCUCAGCGCUGUGACCUCUGCUAUGAGCCUCUGGAAGCGGUGACCACACCAACUCCGUCUCCAGCCAACGUCAAGAUCAAGAUGGUUCCCAGAGGGAAGGUGGUGGGUUUCCGCUGUGGAACCAAAAACCCCCGCUCUCCACCCAAAGUCAGCUGGUAUAAAGACGGCGAACAGAUCCGGACCUCCGUACCCGGCUACGUCGUCAUGAAGGACCGAGAUCUUCGCAUCGUCGCCAACGAGUUCAACGAGGGCGUUUACACCUGUCGCAUCCAUCGACGCGGGGACGUCGUCUCUGCCAACUCCUGGGCCAUCCGACUGAAACCAGAGCAGCCGGGUCCUGGUCCGGCCCGGUCCAACAGCUGAGGACAUAGACGGGGGAGGGGGUGUUGACCGGACAGACCGGGACGUACCUGGUCACUCGUCAGAAGAUCAGACGUUAAGAGUUGGUUCACUGAGGUUCAGGAGAUUUGUGACUGGAAAACAAGAUUUAAUCAGACGUCAUCAAAGAGCUCUGGUGUUUUGACAUCACACAGGAAGUCAUCAUGUGCUCAUAAACAUUCACAAAUUCAUUAAUUCAUAAGAAUCCUGACUUGAUAUACUGUAUGUAAAAGUCACGUUUAGUCGUCCCUGGAACGUCACGUCCUCAUUAUCCCUUUGUGGGACGUCACAUCCUCAUUGUCUCUUUGUGGGACGUCAAGUCCUCAUUAUCCCUUUGUGGGAAACAUCUAUUCAUAUUAUUUUAAUGAGGAACAUUAGUUUAUUGACUCGUCAGGACGUCCUGCGCUUCACUCACCAGCCUCCUGGUGUUUGACUUGUUUACCCACAAUGCACUGCAGAGCUGUUGUAUAAUAAUAAAAAUGGUUCUGGCUCCACUGAA